GCAGCAGCGCGCUCCAGCAUUUGGCUCGGCUGCUGGGAAGCGGGACUGUGUGUCCGUCUCAGACGCAUUCCACACUGUGUGGGUUUACGGAGCGCCGAGCGUGCUGCGCGCUGCCAUGCGCCGGAGCGGACUCCUGUGCCCGCGGCUCUGCCUGGCCGCUCUGCUGGCGUGGGUGAGGUGGUGCGGGGCAGCAGGGGGCGGAGAGGAGCGGCACCAGUCGAGUCUGAGCGCGGGCACAGGUGACGGGAGGGGCUACGGCUCCGCGCCGCUCGGCCAGUGCACUUACACCUUCGUCCUGCCCGAGGUGGCAGGGGCCGCCCAGCCCAGAUGCCCCGACCAGGGGCCACAAGAGCAGGACAGCAGCAACAGCCUCCUGGGAGAGGCGCAGAGCCCCGUGGGGCAGCGGAUUCAGCACCUGGAGCUGGCCAUGGAGAACUACACGCACUGGAUCCAGCGGAUUGAGGGGUCGGUGAGAAACAAUGCUAAUGUCGAAGCAAGGAGAUUGGAGCAAAGCACAGUCAAAGAUGACACUGCAGCCAUUUUGGAUCUCAGCACCAACUUGCUCUAUCAGACAGCCAAACACACACGAAAACUAAUGGAUGUGGAGACACAGGUUCUGGAUCAGACGUCCAAACUAGAGAUUCAGCUGCUGGAGAACUCUUUGACAAAAAACAAAUUGGAGACCCAGCUGUUACAACAAACCAAUGAAAUCACUAAGUUGAUGGAUCAAAAUGGUGUUUUAGAGCGCCGCUUGCGUGGCAUGGAGUCCCAGCACCAGCAGCAGCUGGAGGCGCUGAGAGAGGAGCGCGCGGGGCUGCAGAGGGUGGCGCUCCAGCAGAGCCAGCUCACAGAGGAGCUGCAGAGCCACGUGCGCCUGGUCACCAGCAACAACAGCCUACUGCAGAGCCAGCAGCAGCAGCUCAGGGAGGCCAUCAGACGCCUGCUGGAGCUCUGCUCACAAGACAAAGUAGAGGCCUCCAACAGCCUGCAGCAAGCUGAUGAACACAGGAGCUUCCGAGACUGUGCCGAUAUUUUCCACUCUGGUUUCAACAAGAGUGGAGUCUACACCAUUCAUCUCACAAUUGAGUACACUGCACAGGUAUACUGUGACAUGGACACGGCAGGAGGAGGGUGGACAGUGAUUCAAAGGAGACAAGAUGGCAGCAUAGACUUCCAUAGGAGCUGGAAGGAAUAUAAGAUGGGCUUCGGCACUGUCUCUGGAGAGCACUGGCUGGGGAAUGAGCCUGUGUUCCUGUUGACCAGUCAGAGGCAGCACUCCUUGAGGGUGGAGCUCACAGACUGGAGUGGCCAGCAAGCGUUCUCUCAGUAUGAACAAUUCCACAUCUCGAGUGAGAACCAAAAGUACAGGCUGUCUGUGAAGGGCUACAGUGGGACUGCUGGAAGACUCAGCAGCUUGGCCUCUCGUGGAGCUGACUUCAGCACAAGAGAUGUGGACAAUGACAACUGCAUCUGCCAGUGUGCACCGCUGCUCACUGGAGGUUGGUGGUUUGAUGCCUGUGGUGCCUCCAAUCUCAAUGGAGUCUACUAUAGCAAAGGACAAAACAUGGGAAAACUCAAUGGCAUAAAAUGGCACUAUUUUAAGGGCCCUAGCUAUUCUCUUCACAAGACCACCAUGAUGAUCCGUCCGCUGGACUUUGGAGACAGUGUCAGAGGACUCAAAAUAGGUCAUGAUGCAUCUGAAUAAGGAACUUGCCAGUGACGAGAAUAUGACAGACUGGAAUUGACUUCCUUAUCAUAUAUCACUCAUCACACACCACCCAGUAUGGCUAGACUGACAUAGGCUGACAUUAACAGUGUCGCAUCUAAAUUCAAACAUUGUAACCCUAAAGCAAGUUGACUAUAAAAUGAAAUUACAAAACAAAAAACAUAGUGUCCAACUAACAAAUAGCAAUUGCAGCUUAUCUUCGAUAUCAAAACAUCUUCGAUAUCAAAUGUUAUGGUAGAUUUUGCAAAAUGUCUAGCUUCUUUUCCCCACCCCUCUGCUCCAAACCUUUGCUUCAACAAGAUCUAACGGUCUCAAGGACAAGAUCUGAUGUUCUGUGCUUCAGCCUGAUUGACUGCACUGCACAUUACAUUAUCCUGCUAUCAUUUAGCCUGGAUGAACUCAGACCAACCUGCCAGCAGAUUUGAAUUUGCUCUGCAGGUCUGCCUGAAAAAGAUCCCAUUGGGCCCCUAUCUGAAAACAGGAUCCCAUUGGGCCCCUAUCCGAAAACAGGAUCCCAUUGGGCCCCUAUCUGAAAACAGGAUCCCAUUGGGCCCCUAUCUGAAAACAGGAUCCCAUUGGGCCCCUAUCUGAAAACGGGAUCCCAUUGGGCCCAUAUCUGAAAACAGGAUCCCAUUGGGCCCAUAUCUGAAAACAGGAUCCCAUUGGGCCCCUAUCUGAAAACAAGAUCCCAUCACUAUCACUAAUCCGGUAUGGGGUGGGCUUUAUAUGAUGAUACAUACAGUAGAGCAUUACAUUCAACAUAACCAAUUGCUGUGCUGAUGGUGACAGGUUUAUACAGAUAUAGACUGUAUUUUCUUUAGAAUUGAGUAAACAACUGCAUUUAAAGCCUUUGCUUACAAGAAGUAUGUUCACCGCACUUCUAAAGGGAUUAAUUUCACUGGUGGCCACUCACCUGAAAGUGGUAAAACAGGAUGUUCUCAAACAGCCAUCAGUGGGAUCUUUUCAGACAGUCCUGCAGAGCAAAUUCAAAUGUGCUAACAGGUUUGUCUGGGUCCAGGCUAGCUGUCAUUAUUAAUUAGCAGUGCAUUUUAGGAUAUACUAGGAUUUAGUGGGGUUUUUCAUGAUACAUGGAUACAUGCUGUCUGGUGAUGCACUGAUAUACUGUUCAGCUGUACGCAUACAGUACAACACAGAUAAUAUGCAUUGUGUACAUUAUUGUUAUUCCCUGUCAUUUCUUUUUUUUCUCAUUAUUCAUACAGAACGUAUGGUAUGCAUUGUGUAAAUUAUUGUUAUUCCAUGUCAUUUAUUUUUUCCAUUUACUAACAUCUGAAACUAACCGCAACACAAACGACUUUUGCAUGCUGUCAGAGUCAUGAGCAUAUGGAGAUGCAUGUGUUGACACUUGCUACUUGCUACAUGCUAGAAGGCUGGCUUCUAUCUCACAGUACAGUACUAACAUUUAAAAUGACCUUUAACACUAUACUGCACACCAAUGAUAUCCACCGUAUUGGUAAAGGGAUUUAAGUCAUGGUUACUUUUACAGCAGAAUGUGUUACUUUUUGCCUGCCAGUUUCUUUCCCUUGUUUGAGAACAUGCUUCCAUUUACUGUGUGACUGAUGCUGUCUGAAGAUCUAGUCUUCACAGUGUACUGGUGCUCAGAUCUCACCUAUGACACAGAAUGAAGGCAGCGCUGCUGGUAUGGGGGAUGAAGGGUCAUGGAAUAGAACCACAGCCCUCAGCAGCACAGAGGGCAGCUGGUCCACACAUUGGUCAGAUUGUUGAACCUGGGGACCUCGCGACAAUUGUGUAUAUUGUCAACAAACUGCUCAUCUGACACGAGUGGGUUCAACUGGACACAAGUGUUGUAUAAAGAGAGUUCAAGUGAGUCCAUUGAUGCAUUAUCACUUCUGAGAAAUUUUAUUUGACCCUACCUGUCACUCUCUCCUUCUUUCUUUUUGUGAGGGUUGAAUCUGGUGUGAGGGGUGAGUUUGUUUUGUCUUUGCCUACAGUAUAUUACAGGGAACAUCUGUAGUGGAAGUGAAGUCAGAGGAUUGUGUGGGCUAAAAUAAAUGAGAUAAAUACAUAUUUGAUACCUUUGCACUGAUUGAGUUCAAUACAGUGUGUCAAAUGUAAAUACAUGUUUCUUCAUCAAUCCAUCCUCCUCCUGACCACUCAACAUGAGGGAAAAAAAUCUAUAGAUCUAUAAGUCUAUGAGAAUGAGCGUCAUGAAUUUUAAACAUCCAUUUUUAUAAAUAUCUUGUUUCUUUAUGGCUCACAUAUUUAAAUAAUGAAGACUUAAAACGUUCCUUCCUCUUAGUAGGCCUACCUCUAUUCAGUAUGAGGAAAUAAUACAUUGUGUGUAUGGUAUUUUUCCUGGCAGUACUGGGACAACAUGACUGUGGUACGUGAUUCCCGACUAUCUAAUUGUCAUUUCAUUCCAUCAAAAUCAUUUUUGAGAUUCCAUUAAAUUUUUUGGCAUUUGCUUGUUGGCAUGUUGAGAGGGUGGAGCUGACGGAUGAAAGGUGCGUGUGAUUAUAAAACUGCCAUGAGUAAUUGUGAAACUUGCCUGCCUGAGUCUGCUGUCAACACAUCUGUUGUGGAGGCAUCGUACGUGUCCUGAAAAUGAGCACUGUAAGGUUGCCCAGCCAACUUCCCUGGAUGGCACUCUGUGUGCUGGUGGUCACAUCCCUGACUCAAGCUCAGCCGUACUCGUUCUCUUCCAUCAUGGCGAGUAACUCAGGGACGCAGUUUGCCACAGAGGGAUAUGGACACAUCAGGGCCAUCAGAGUCUGGGACCUUUACGGCUACAUCGCAGGUCUCCAGCUGAGGUACGCCAUCACAUGGGGCCCUGUGUAUGGCCGUAGGAUUGGCCAGGGGACUGACCUGGAGCUCGCUGAAGGAGAGGGCAUUGUGCAGCUCUCAGGGAAGUACAUCACCAGAAACUACAUCCGGCAUUUGAUGUUUGUCACCAGCAGAGGGCGCUCUAUGGUCGCUGGCCAUCCCUUUGGAUCCUCCUUCAAUUUCUACCCUUCCAGCAGCAGCAGUGAGCUGCUGAUUCUGAGCGGCACAGUCAACAGAUACGGCAUCACCUCCAUUGGGGCACACUGGGGACCUUCUGGGUUACCAGCAGCCUCUUAAAUGUUGGUAUGUUUAUAUCGGGACUAUUUGUACUGUUGUUUUUGUUACUUUGUAUUUAUUUGCAUUUGUUUUCAUCAAUUUAAUUUGUUUUCUGAUAUUUUUAGUCACGAAUGCACAUGCAAAGAUCAUAUCAAUGGUUCUUGUAAAAACUGAUGACCCUUUGAAGACCCUGUAUUGCUCAGAAUGUCUGUCCACAUGUCACGACAAAUUCAGAUCUCUAUAUGACACAUGUAUUCAAAUGACAUAUGAUCCCAUGCACUCUAAUAAAGAUGGUAAUUUUAUGUUAUUGUUGAGUGUUGUAGGCUACUUGAAUGCAAGGAUUAACCGGAGUGAAAAUCCUUGUUUGUUCACGCAAACCUGGCCAAUAAAGCUGAUUCUGAUUCUGA